CUCGGGUUAGCUCAGUGGCCAGAUCCAGGUACUUUUAUCAGCGAUUAAACGGCAGUCGGCCUUGACUGCGGCGCCGGCCUUGGACAUCGGUGACCACGUCAUCGUCGGCAUCCCCGGGAUACACGCGCGUGUCAUACGCAGCGCGUGCAUUUCUCACGAGUUCUUAUUAAAUAAUCUCCUAGAAUAUAUCUCAUUAUGUGAAUUUUUAAAGGGCUAGAGACAAAAACUGUCAUCGUUGAUGAUACUUGUUGAUGACCGAUCGAACAUCCAUAUCGUUCCACACUACAUGCAACAUGGAUGAACACGAGAAAAACCUGAUGACGGGGACGUUGGAACAGAGGAAAGAGGCUUUCAAGGAAGACGAGGAGCUCAUGAGGGAAACGACGAAAUUUAUUAGCGAAGUGAUAGAGACCGCCGCUACGGAAGCCUCGAAAAGAAAAGCUCAGUCGGAGGGAGCUGAUACAGGCGAAGGUAGUAGAUUGAAGGGUGGCGAUACCAUAGCUGGCUGGAACAACCGAGCGCGUGGAUUCUGCAAUCGUAUUCUGAAUGCCCUUUGCCCAUGCUUCACCAAUCAUGAACUGUUCGGCUGGACUCCGUACCGGUAUCGCUUCACACGACCUUAACCGUUCGAUGACCUCCGGAUUUCCCGUACCGCCGUACGGGAAAUGAUGCAAUUGAUGCAAAUUAACAAUUAGAACUAGGAUUAAGUUCUUUCCAUUGUCAAUUCAGAUCUUUCGCGCAUUGCGCGUCUUUCGUACGCAGGCCACAACUGAAGACAUCUGUCAUAUCUAUCUAUAAAAAAAAAAAUAUAUAUAUAUAUAAGAGACUUUCUAAAUCUCGAUGGCUGAUAGGAUACCGUCGUGUAGACAUUAAUCGUGCAUGAACACGAGAACUGUGUUACAAAUGUAUAAAUCUGAUGUUUCAUCGACAUAUGCUCGAAUUAAGUUUUCAAAUGUCGCGUGAGAAAGACAAGAGGUAAAUCUGCUGCUUCGGCUGCUGUGCAAUCGAAUGCAAAAAAAUCUACAUAAGUGUUCAAUGGAAAAAAUAAUUGUGUAAUUAAGCGACUCGCGUGUGUACUUCAUUUUGAAGUAAACUGCAACGCCUUGUUGAGCAAUUUGAUCGAACAUGGCAAUAGUUGGUCUCUUAUUUGAUUCAAAAUAUAUGUCAUUUUAAUUAUUAUGCUUUUCAAUUCUACAAAUAUCUCAAAUGAGUAGCCAGGUGGUAAUAUCAUGUGACUGAUAUAGUUCCUCUCUUGUAUAUUUUUCGCAAUAUUAAAUUUAUUUUCAAACAUAUAUAAAAAAAUUUCAUACAUAUAUAUAUAUAUAUAUAUAUAUAUA